GACCCGGAAAUCAACUGUAACAAAUCAACCAGAUUCGUAGCGUGGGAGACGCAGAGAUUGAAGCAGAUGAAUCCUGAGGCUACAAAAACAGCGAGAGAAUCUCUAGAUUUGGCAUUUCACAUGUCGAACAUUCUGGACACAGGACUUGACCGACACACACUCUCUGUGCUUAUCGCCUUGUGUGACUUGGGUCUAAAUCCAGAGGCACUAGCAGCUGUCGUAAAAGAACUGCAAAGGGAAAGAUUUGGGCCAAUUCAGCCCAUUAUGAUCCUAUAUGAAUCUUAGGCGAGCCCAACUAUAGUACAACCUUUCCUUAAACGGAUUUGGACUGAAAAUCACCCCAGCCCAUCUCAAACAAAAAUAAAAGUUGACCGACCCAAAGAUCAGCCAGCACAGAAACAAAGCGCGAGAGACGCAGAGAUCAGAAGCAGGUGAUAAAAAAUGGACAGCAGACGAUUUGGUUAUGAUCAGGAAAUAAACACCCAUGAUAAGAAUCAACAAGAUAGAGAGCAGGAUUCUCUUAUUGAGGAUUUAGCAGAAGACUUUCGUUUGCCUAUUAGUCACAAACCUACAGAAAAUGUCGAUCUGGAUAAUGUUGAACAGGCAUCAUUAGACACAAGGUUGACAGCAUCUAAUAUUGGGUUUAGGCUGCUUCAGAAAAUGGGAUGGAAAGGAAAAGGUCUUGGAAAGGAUGAGCAGGGAAUAACUGAGCCAAUAAAAUCUGGUAUUAGAGAUCCCAAGUUAGGAAUUGGAAAACAAGAAGAAGAUGAUUUUUUCACUGCAGAAGAAAAUAUUCAGAGAAAGAAACUGGAAAUUGAGAUUGAGGAAACAGAGGAACACGCAAAGAAACGGGAGAAGGCAGCAUAUAACAUAUAUGCAUGUCUUUUGACGGGAAUGGUAUAUCAUAGGGGAACAUCAACUUUGGAAGCUCUUGAGAAUUUCCUGCAGUUUUUAUUACCUGGUGGCUUCUACUGCCUGCUUCGUGCACAUUAUGAAAAUUCAGGUGUUAGCAGAACGUGAGCAGAAAAUUCAAACCGAGGUGAAGGAAAUAAGGAAGGUGUUUUAUUGUGAUCUCUGCAACAAGCAGUACAAAUUGGCUAUGGAAUUUGAAGUUCACUUGAGUUCAUACGAUCACAA